AUUGCUUCUAAAAAUAAAGGAAAUGCAAUAAAAUAAACCAUCAUAAGAUGCUUUUGAUGAAGUAUAAGGAUCAUAUUCAAUGGAUGAUUAAUUUAAUGUUUAAGAAGGUUAUAGAAAUUCAACUGAUGAAAUUCCUGCUAAUUAAUUAAGGUUUUUUGUAUUAUAUAUUUUUUAGUGGAGAUGAAGCAUUAGAGAAGAGUUUUAUGUAAUCUACAGGCCAAUCAUCUAUUUGGUAAAAAAGGGGAUAAAAAACUUCUCUUCCAAUGACAUCUGUGAUUGUAAUGAAAAGUAUGGUUGGAGUAGGAAUCCUAGGAAUAGUAUUUUAAUAAUUAUAAUCUAGCCUUAUGUAGCAUCUAACUUUGGUGCUAUUUUAACAAUUUUUAUUUUGAUGAUUAUUUUUUGUGUGGGUAUCCUUUCUUCAAAUUUAUUAUUGAAAUCUAAGAAUUUAUCAAAAAGAAGUAAUUUUUCAACGAUAGGAUUUUAUAUCUUCAAACAUAAAUGGAUUAUCAUUGUUGUAAAUAUAAUGAUUAUUUUAUCAAAUUUGGGGGUAUGUUUAAGUGAAUUAAUGUAAAUUAUUAAAUUAUUUUAGCAUUUUUGGAGAUACAACUAGCAACCUUAUCAAUUUUUUUACUGAUAGAACAACCGAAGACUAACCAUUCUAUUUAAAAAGACCAGUAUUUCUAGCUGUAAUAAGUAUAAUUUUGCUUCCUUUUUUGCUUGUUAAAUCUAUAGAGAAGUUGAGAUUUGUAAGUUUAUUUGCUAUUUUAUCAAUCAGUUCAUUUUCAUGCCUUGUUAUCUAUAAUUUUUUCAGAAUUGAAUAAUCAAGUCAUGAAUUUUCAUGGUGGAUUCCUGAUAAUUUCAAUAUUAAUCGAGCAUUAGCCUCUAUGCCAACAUUAAUAUUAGCAUUUAAUUGGCAAUUUAAUUUAUUUCCAAUUUUUAAAGGAAUGGCUUAACCAACUGAUUAAAAUUUAAUCAAAUCAACAAUUCUAGGAUUUUGUUAGGGAUCUUUUUUAUAUUUAAUUGUUGGAUUACUUGGAUAUGCAACUUAUGGAGCAAAUGUAAGAAAUAUUAUUAUAUAAUUAUAGAUAUAACCGAAUUUCUUAUUAAGUAUUAAUGAAAAAGAUGUUGGUGCUGUUUUGUUUGUUAUUUUAAAUUUAUCAUUUGUUUUUUCGACAACACUUACAUUACCAGUUAUAUUUUUUGGAGGAAGAAAUAACUUUAUUUAGAUGAUUAAACAAUUCACAGUAAUACUUAUUAUUAAUCAUAGGAAAAUAAAAAAGUAAAUAUUUAAGCAAAAAAGAAACUAAUAGAUUCUUAAUAAACUGAGUAGUAUUACAAGGAUCUUUUGUAAUUCAGAAAAAAAUCUUAAGCGAUUCGAUUUUAUGGAAUCAGUAUUGGUUUAUUUAUAUUAUUGGCUAUUGGAGCAGUUUUUAUAUAAAAUUUGGGAACUGUGUAUAAUUUAUUAGGAGCAAUAGCUUGUAAUGCAAUUUAAUUAGGGCUUCCUACAUUAUUUUAUGUAUUUUUAGUAAGCCAAGUGAAGAAAAUGAAAUUUCGAAAUAAAUUUAAUCGAAUAUUUUAUUAUUUUGUUUGUGGACUAUUAGGUUUAAGCAUAAUUUUAACAUUUUUAUGUGUAACUUGUGAAUUUAUUUAACCAGAAAAAGAAUCUAAUGAUGAUUGA